AUGGCGGCAGAAUGUGCAGUAUGUAAAAUAAACCCAGUACACGUAAACUCCUUCACUGGACAGGCAGCAGAGUUUUGUUCGAACAGUUGCCGCAGAGAGGCUGUAAGGAAAGGACUAGUUGAACCGUGCCUGUUUUGUAAAAUAAUGCCUCGUCUAUUACUCUCAAAUGACCAACGGUUACUCUAUUGUGGCAAGACCUGUAAAGACAAAGCCGAAACUGGGGUAGUCAUUCGUCGUCGGCAACCACUUUCGCAAGUUCCACCUACACAACGAUACUCUGCACCCGUGUUGAGCCAACAUGCACAAAUAAUGUUAUCAACGCUGCCGUCAAGAUAUAGUAUGCAUAACCAGACUACCUUGUCAUUGGUCAGCAGCGCUUCCUCAAGUGCGAGUCACCAGUUACCGAGAGUAGAAACAGGGAGAAACCAUGUGUGUGACUUGGUGCCACUACAGGGAGAUCGCGCAACGGAUGAUAAACCAACGUGUCGAGUUUGUUUAGUAAAGCCGUGUUGGAAGGAUAGUAAAGGAGGAGACUAUUCUCUAUACUGUUCACGGACGUGUAAAGAGAAGGCGCAAGGUUACACUUCUUCCUCGUCUUUGGUUUCUGUACGGCCUCUGUGUUCUGUUCAACCUAUCAUUACAAACUAUACUUCAUCCAGCCCAUUACAUUCUCCGAAUUUAUGCUCCGAUAUCAAUGUUCCGCCUGUUAGUCGCCAAAGCAAUCAUCGUCCGAACUUUCGUCCAUUGCCACUUCGCUCAGUAACGGACCCACACCAACCCCCUGGUAAUCCAUGCAAUCUAUUCGAUGAGCCGCCACCCUAUUGGGAAGCACCGCCGGCCUAUGACCCUGGACCUGAUGGUCAUAAGUAUCAUACAGGCAAAAAGUUGACAAGAGAUGAUAGGUACAACCAAGACGAUCCAUAUGAUUUUAGGAAAUAUUCUAAUAAGGGUUAG